CCCACCUUCUCGGGCUAGGUUUGGAGUUCUCUGUCUUGACCUCAUCGUCCCUGCCUGAGCGCCUGGGAACCCACGAGGAAGCGGCCAAGACUGAGGGUCUGUGAGCUGCUCCAGGAUGCGGGCUCCGGGUGCAGGUUCGGCCUCCGUGGUCUCGCUGGUGCUGCUGUGGCUGCUGGGGCUGCCGUGGACCUGGAGCGCAGCGGCGGCGCUCGGCGUGUACGUGGGCGGCGGCGGCUGGCGUUUCCUGCGCAUCGUCUGCAAGACCGCGAGGCGGGACCUCUUCGGUCUCUCUGUGCUGAUCCGCGUGCGCCGGGAGCUGCGGCGCCACCAGCGGGCCCGCCACACCAUCCCACGGAUCUUCCAGGUGGUGGUACGGAGGCACCCUGACCGCCUGGCGCUGGUGGACGCGGGCAGCGACGUGUGCUGGACCUUUGCGCAGCUGGACGCCUACUCCAAUGCGGUGGCCAACCUCUUCCUCCAGCUGGGCUUCAUGCCGGGUGACGUGGUGGCGCUCUUCCUGGAGGGCCGGCCCGAGUUCGUGGGCCUGUGGCUGGGCCUGGCCAAGGCGGGCGUGGAAGCCGCGCUGCUCAAUGUUAACCUGCGGCGGGAGCCCCUGGCCUUCUGCCUGGGCACCUCGGGUGCCAAGGCCCUCAUCUUCGGAGGAGAGCUGGCAGCAGCGGUGGCUGAGGUGAGUGGACAGCUGGGGAAGAGCCUGCUCAAGUUCUGCUCUGGAGAACUGGGGCCCGAGGGCGUCUUGCCCGACACCCGGCUCCUGGACCCGUUGUUGAAGGAAGCCUCCACGGAGCCCCCGGCACAGCCCCCAGACAAGGGAAUGGAUGAUCGCCUCUUCUACAUCUAUACGUCGGGGACCACAGGGCUGCCCAAGGCCGCCAUUGUAGUGCACAGCAGGUACUACCGCAUCGCAGCCUUCGGCCAUCACGCCUACAGCAUGCGGGUGGCAGACGUACUCUAUGACUGCCUCCCCCUGUACCACACAGCAGGGAACAUCAUGGGCGUGGGGCAGUGUCUCAUCUACGGGCUGACGGUGGUCCUCCGCAAGAAGUUCUCGGCCAGCCGCUUCUGGGAUGACUGCGUCAAGUACAACUGCACGGUGGUCCAGUACAUCGGGGAGAUCUGCCGCUACCUGCUAAAGCAGCCGGUGCGCGAGGCCGAGGGGCAGCACCGCGUACGCCUGGCCGUGGGCAACGGGCUGCGGCCGGCCAUCUGGGAGGAGUUCACCGAGCGCUUCCGCGUGCGCCAGAUUGGCGAGUUCUACGGGGCCACCGAAUGCAACUGCAGCAUCGCCAACAUGGACGGGAAGGUUGGCUCCUGUGGCUUUAACAGCCGCGUCUUACCCCACGUGUACCCCAUCCAGCUGGUGAAGGUCAACGAGGACACCAUGGAGCCACUGCGGGAUGCCCAGGGCCUCUGCAUCCCCUGUCAGGCCGGGGAACCUGGCCUCCUCGUGGGCCAGAUCAACCAGCAGGACCCACUGCGUCGCUUCGAUGGCUACAUCAGCGAGAGUGCCACCAGCAAGAAGAUUGCCCACAGUGUCUUCCGCAAGGGCGACAGUGCCUACCUCUCAGGCGAUGUGCUGGUGAUGGAUGAGCUGGGCUACAUGUACUUCCGGGACCGUGGCGGGGACACCUUCCGCUGGCGUGGGGAGAAUGUUUCCACUGCUGAGGUGGAGGGCGUGCUCAGCCGCCUGCUGGGCCAGACAGACGUGGCUGUGUACGGGGUGGCUGUGCCAGGAAUAGAGGGCAAAGCAGGCAUGGCGGCCAUCGCGGACCCUCACGGCCAGCUGAGCCCCAAUGUGCUAUACCAGGAGCUGCAGAAGGUGCUGGCGCCCUAUGCCCGACCCAUCUUCCUACGCCUCCUGCCCCAAGUGGACACUACAGGCACCUUCAAGAUCCAGAAGACCCGACUGCAGCAUGAAGGGUUUGACCCACGCCAGACCUCAGACCGGCUCUUCUUCCUGGACCUGAAGCAGGGCCACUACUUGCCCCUCGACCAGACUGUCUACACUCGCAUCUGCUCGGGUGCCUUUGCCCUCUGACACUCCUCCUCUGCCCACUAGAGACUCCCAGCCAGGUCCUGCCAGUGAGGCUGGGGGGGCUGGCCCAGCGGCACCUGCUGGGGCCACCCUGGUGCUCAGCAGCUGGACCCCAGGAGGACCCUACAGCUCUGCUACCUUCCCGCUGGCCCCUCCACCUCCGAGCCAUCUCCUGCCUGGGUCCCCGCUCCUGUGUCUCUGUGCAUCUCUCUCCUCCCUGCCUCUCAGCCUCCCCCCUGGCCCACACACCCACACCUCUUCCCUCUUUCUUUUCCCCUGCUCCCUCCUGAGAUCUGUGGGCACGCAGGGCCCCAUGGUCCUUGGGGCCUCCGUGGCUCGUCCCUGCUGGGUUGUCAACCCAGAAUGGAGCCUCCCAGCCUCUCUCUCAGCUGUGCCUUAGGGAGCCACAGUCCGGGCCUCCUCAGGCUGCUGGGCCCCAGGGUGUCAGCCCAGUCUGAACUCCAGGCAGACCAUCCUUCCUCCUUCCUGAGCAGAGGAGCCUCGUGGUUUGCCCCGCCCACCUGGGUGUCAGGGGGUCAUGGUCAAGGGACCUCCAGGCCAGCUGGAAAUCUCUCCCAGGCUGGGCCAGUUGCCUCUUUGCACUUAACCAUCGUUGGUAGGUCUCCCUCCUGUCCCCUGUCUGCCCUUCCUGAUGCUCGGAAGCUUCCAGAAUUGACUGUUACCCCUCGGACAUUGCCCCUGCCCAGAUGUCUCCUUUCAGGCGCCUCCACGGAGCUCCUGCUAGAGGAGCCUGGAAGACUGCAUUGGGGGGCUGUUUGGCUCACCAGCCAGACGCUCACCCUGGCAGAGGGCUCUAGGGGGCCCCAUCGGGCGCGGCUGCUGGUGGACCCACAGGAGUGGCAGCGGUGAGAUGGACUUUGGAGCCUUGGGGGUUCCAGCCUGUUGGAUAUCCCCACUGGCUUUGUUGAGUUCAGACCUAGCUUUGGUGUGGCUUGGACAUCCCCAUCGACCUCAUUGGUGGCUCGUCCCGGACUCCCGUUGUGGGGACUGGCCACCCAGACUCUCCGUCCCGAACCCCCCCCCGCCGCACCAGCUGCAGCACCAUCCAGCUCCUCAAACCCUGGGGCCCAUGUACCGUUGCACGUGGGCCCUUCCAAGCACCAAGGUUUUGUUUCCUAGUUGAAUUUAAUAAACCUGCAGAGUGUCCAGUGCCUGAA